GUCAACCUGAGAAGGGUUGUAGGCGUACUGCUGUAAUUCCUACGAUUCUUCAAGGGUAGUUCAUCAAGGCAGGAUCUUCACAUUUGAUGUGUUGAUUGUACAUAUGUUUGUGUUAAAUAAUUGUGUGAGUUCCAAUUAUUGUAAUUGUUGGUUAAUCUUGUUUGUGUCUGGACAUUCUUCAACUUACAACCGUCAACCUGAGAAGGGUUUCAGGCGUACUGGUGUAAGUCCUGAAAUUCUUCAGAGCAAUUCCAUCGAGAUACGAUCUGCGAGCUUGUGUGUGCUGUUUGUAUAUAUGUGUGGUGUGUCAUAUCGAUUGGUGUUUUUUGGAUUCAUUGUGUUUACUCGUUGUUUUCGUGCCUUGUUGUUAUUGCGUAAUUUUGUUGAAAUUUUCGUCGUGAUUACUUCUGAAGUUGUUUCUAGUCUUCUACAUUCGUGAAUGAAUUGAUUGAUGUUAGAGACAGCAGAUGGGUCGUAUACGCCGGGGAGGCUAGGCUAUUGCUGAGAAUGAAAUGCAUACGGGGAUAAUUGUUAGCUGUGGUCCCACACACCGCGGAGCGUGAGUGUAGACGACUGAGGCUUGCAUACGUCACCGCUACUAGAACUGAGGCAGAAUGAGUGACAAGCGAUUUCAGUGGUAAUUGGUAGUGAGUAGAUAAGAGGAUGUGCGUAGAGUAUCGUGAGGUGGUGCUAUGGUCACGUUGCAUUCUGCAAGAGUCAUUCUAGCAAGUGGCGAUUGUGUUGCAAGAGGAUGCCUUUAACUGGAAGGCGCAGGUCGUCAUUGAUGUGU